AUGGAAACAGAUAUGAGAGAUCCAACUUUUAGGGUCGAGUUGGUGUUUAAAACUGUUACAGUAUUCAGGAUAGCCAUUAGGGAGUAUAGUAUAAAAGAUGGGAAAUAUCUCAACUUCACACGAAAUGAAAAUGAUCGAGUUAGAGUUAAGUGCAACGAAAAAUGCUCUUGGGAGAUUUAUGCUUCACAAUUUGAAAAAGAUAAUCCUGCAGCAAUGGAGACAACUUAUAACAAUAAACACACAUGUCCACAUGUUUUAAAGAACAAACAUGCAAACAGUAUUUGGCUAGCAAAGAGAUACAUAAAUAGUAUAAAACCUGGGAAGGAUUUUUCUGUGGGUGAAUUCAUGGCCAAAGUUCGAAAAUAUUAUGUGGUACAAGUAAGCAAGCCUCAAAUAUAUAGAGCCAAACGAAAGGCAUCUAUAUUGAUUCAAGGUACCUUGAAGGAGCAAUAUGUAAAAUUAUGGGACUAUGCUGAAGAGUUAAGAAGAACUAUUCCAGGUUCCACAGUUAUAAUUGAAAUUGAGAUGAGUGAGGAUCAAACACCAAUAUUUAAGAGGAUUUAUGUUUGUUUAGAAGCUUGUAAAAGAGGAUGGAAAUCAAGUUGUAGAAAUAUUUUAGGGCUUGAUGGAUGCCACACAAAAGGCAUGCAUAAGGCACAACUACUAGUGGCUAUUGGAAUUGAUGCAGAUAAUUCUUAUUACCCAGUGGCAUAUGUUGUAGUUGAAAAAUAA